AUGCGGGCCCACCACCUUACCUUACGGGGGUCUUGCCUUACGGGCGUCCUCUCUGUGCCAGCCCUGGGUUACUGUAUCAUAGAAAGGGCGAGUUGGCAGCCCGCUGGCAGCGCUGAGCCGCGCGUUACCUUCCGCUCCUUCUUCAGCCCUCACGUUCCAAAGUGGCUGCAAGGGGCUGGAUCUCCACCUUGGACGGCAGGAUCCCUACGGGGACCUCCCCCCAGCCCCGUCUGCUGCUGA